CCCCCUGAAGAGGCCUGAGCCCGCGCCCCCUCCGACAACUGAAACGUCAGCCGACAUCGAUAUCCCCGCGGUCCCCGGGCCCGGCCUAGGGGUCUGCAGGAGGGGAGAGGGACCGUGGGUCCCCUAGUCAGGGCCUCGGAGACCGCGGGGCCCCUCCCGGGUCAGCCCCACGGGGACGGGGGUACCUCUCUCGGGCCAGGCCCUCGGGGACGGGGGUACCUCUCCUGGGUGCUUGGCUCCCGGCCGGAUUGCGCGCGGCGAGGGUUGCAGGGCGACGCCCGGCCCGAGGUCCCCUCAGCAGACAUGGAGGAGGCCCCUCUGCUUGGCGGGAUGUCCAGUCCCGAGGAGAUGGUGACAGACCUUUUCAGCGCAGACAGUCCGUUUGUUCCCGACAGCCUCGCCCUGAGAGCCCCGGUGGUGGUGAAGCGCGAGGAGGGCGAGUUCCACGUGUUUAAAGACGCGGACCUGAGCCCCGCGGACCCCACGGAGCCCUGCCUGCACGCGUUCAGCCCCCCGCUGCAGGCGGACUGUGAGACCCAGGGCAAAGCGCAGCUGGGGGGGAGCGACCACGCCCAGGAGAUGCUGGCGGAGUACCCCGGCCUCCCCGACCUCAGCCCCCUGGAAGACGCCGUCCUGCCCGUGGCCCCGCAGCCGCAGGCCUACAACGUCCACUUCCUGUCCUCCCUGCUGGCCCCGCACAGGAGUCCCGCCGUCCUGCCCCUGGGCGCCUGGGCCAGAGAAGGAGCCGCCCACCCCGGUGUCCGGGUGAUUCCAGUGGAAAUAAAGGAAGCCGGUGGCGCAGUUAUAAGUAACAACCCAGAGGAGGCAACUUUUCAGAACGCUCUUGGCCCCGAACCCUGUCACACGUUUGAGUCAUCCCAGGAAGCAGAGGAGGCCGCCGGCUGCUCUAACCCAAUGGUGAUAUGUCAGUUGAAGGGGGGCACACAAAUGCUGUGUGUAGACAAUUCUGGCACGAGAGAGCUGAAAGCAGUUCAUUUGGUUCCUCAGUAUCCAGACCAAAAUAACUACCUACAGUCAGAUGUCCCUAAACCAAUGACUACUUUAGUAGGAAGAUUUUUGCCAGUCCCAGCAAAAUUAAAUCUCGUUACACAACUCGAUAACGGAGCCUUACCAUCCAUAGUCAACGGGUCUACUGUCCCUUCGGGAUCCACCCUUCCAGGACCACCCAAAAUAUCUUUGGCUGGAGUAACUCUUAGUUCAUGGGACACAAAGUCUAAAAAGCCAUGUAACUGUACCAAAUCCCAGUGUCUGAAAUUGUACUGCGAUUGCUUUGCCAGCGGGGACUUUUGCCACAACUGCAACUGUAACAAUUGCCGCAACAACCUGCAUCACGAAGUCCAGCGGUUCAAGGCCAUGAAGGCGUGUCUCGAUAGGAACCCAGAAGCUUUCCAACCAAAGAUCGGGAAGGGGAGGCCGGGGGACGUGACGCCUCGACACAACAGAGGCUGCAACUGCAGGAGGUCGGGCUGCCUGAAGAAUUACUGUGAGUGCUACGAGGCCAAAAUUAUGUGUUCUUCUAUUUGCAAAUGCAUUGGUUGCAAAAAUUAUGACGAAGGCCCGGAACGGAAAACCCUAAUGAGCAUGCCCUACCAUCCGGACGCUGGAGGGUUUGAAGGCAGCCCUCAUUUGUCACCAACUGAAUCCGCGGGACUGCCGCAGUUCAGACAAGACAGGGUCCUCAAGAGCAAGGCUUUGGGCAGACCAGCGACACCACAACCUCUCUCAGUCCCUCCCUGGGGGAAGUCGACAGGUGUGGUCCCUGGCCGGCCGCAGCCAAAUCACCAGGUUCUGGCCCUGGAGCAGGACUCUGUCACACAGAGUCGUGACACGGAGUCAAGGCCUUUCUUCCCAGGAAGCAACUUCGUUUGUGCCGGCACAGGCUCGGAGGGUUUGUACCCAAAAAACUGAGCCCCGAACCCCGCGUGGUGUAGUCUUUUAUGCGUCUUCUACUUCCUUGUCUCCCAUAUAUGGGUCUCAAGUUGCGGGGUCGUGCGGGAUGUCACGGAUGCACAUAGCCAGGUUGCCCUUCCUUAUCUUGAGGUCUUUUCUCAUCACGCUCCUUAGGAAGGGGCUCUAUCACAUCCGCCCCUUUGAUGCUCCGACCCCCCUAGUUUGGGUCCAAGAGCAUCAUCUUGGUUUAGAGGUUUCUAUUUCCAGAACAUCACAUGCGUGGCCGUUUUCCUUUAGACCAUUGUCUCAAUGAGACUGGAGACGGACCGUAUACAGGGGCGCUGGGCAAGCUAGGAUUAAGCAAGCUCCCCACAUCAGGAGGAUAAUUCCCAUGAGGGUUUUGAAUCUCCCGAGAGUUGAAAACCAUCCUCCGAAUAACUCUCCGGGGCCCCGGCCGUCCCAGGUCCAGAGUGGGACAUGAGCAACCUUUCUCAUUCCAUCGGUGAUCUCCUCUGUGACUCUUCCUUCCUCAUCUGUAGGCAGCAGUGGCUCAGGUUAAACUUUCUGCCGACUCCUCCCUCCAAAGCAAGCAGGUGAUCUAAGGCCGAGCGAUUUCGAUAGAUGGCGUUGCUGCUUGGCUAGUAAGGGAAGAGCUCUGGCGGUUUCACUGCUUAUUUCUACAACUGCCUGCAGCCUGAUUAUGCGGGUUAGCACGUAAAGGAGUAUGUGGUGGCCCCAGGACCGUCCUCUGCCCAGGCGGCAGGGCCAUAAUAUUGGGUUCUAGGCUGGGGAGGCCACGCGUUACCUGUCCAGUUGCCAGCUUGUGGGGCACUUCGUUUCCUUUGAGUCUCCCUGUCCCCCUACACGUGGACCCCCCAAACGUUCCCCUCUGGCAAGUGGGAGCAGGAAGAAAGAUGGAUGGAUGGUCCCCGGCACACCCAUGACCCUGACCAGCCUGCGGGAAGUACCAUACAGGCUGUCCUCCCACAUACCCAGAACAGUCCACCUGGGGCCCGCCAUUCGACGGCGUGUCGACAUCGUCCCAGGCCUCUCGGAGAUGAGAAAAGUUAGACGAGGGGUGGGGCUCUGGCUCAAGGUGAUCUGGGGGUCCCCCCACCUUUGGGUUUCCCGGGUGGUUGAGUUAUCAAAUCUUUGGCCUAGCUGUGUUAAGUUUCCAACAGAGACGUGAACUUCCUUCCCCACCGGGCAAGGCAUUUUUUUUUCCAAUUCGAUUGAGGUUUUGAGGAACCAAACCCCGGUCGUAGGACUGGGGUAUUCUGUUCCGCUAUAAGGUUCGCAGGGAUCGAAUUCUCUAGCCUCCCAUGGCCAUCGAUCCCCCGUGUUGCUACCAACGAAGCAUCCUAUCCACCAAGGGAAGGUGAGUGCUAACAGAAACCUCUCCCUUGGGGCGCCUGGGUGGCUCCGGCGGUUGAGCGUCCGACUUCGGCUCAGGUCAUGAGCU